AUGGAGCGGCCGCUGUAUGCGUCGGCGUUUGAGUCAUCCGAUCCACAUGAAAGCCUGCACAAGCUUCAGACACGCUUAAAAAAUGCACGGCUUUUCAACGAGCAACUUGCCGAUUAUUUCGCAGCGCGCCGCGAGAUUGAGGAGGCGUACGUCCGCCAGCUACAAAAGCUAUCGAAGCGCUCGUUUUUGGGAGACGCUACGUACAUCCCUUAUGAGUUCAAGCCCGUGUACGAGCGCAUGAUCCUCGAGAUCGCCGAGGCUGCGCAAAUGCAUACAAUGCUCGAGCGGCGCAUUUUCCGCGACUGUGAGGAGCCGCUGCGCACCGCAGCGCAACGCGGCGAAUGGGCCACGUUCAAGCAACACGAGGAUCAACUUGCGCCACGCGCAAAAGAGAUUACAAGUCUUGAAACGCAGCUCAGCAAAGACAAGCGCAAAUACGAAAGCAAACGCACAUCCGCAGCACAGGCCAAAGCCACGGCGACACAGCAUUCGCUCGAUGCCGCGAUGCAGGGAUGGAAGCACAAUUCUUCCAAAGCAUUUCACGUCAUGGAGCAAGUCGAUCGCGCUCGGCUUGUGCUCCUCCGCAAUACCGUGCGCAGCUUUGCAUACGCCCAAGGAGAUCUGUCCAGGGAGUUGUACGACAUGGCGUACAAGACAAACGCUGCUGUACAGAAAUUCAACCCAGAACGUGAGAUGCAGAGCUUUAUCGCGGGGCGCGUGAUGAGGCCACGUAGCGAGUACGCCUCCGGCAGCGCCGCGGACGAAAUCUUUGGCGAGGCGCCGAGCCGGCGUGCAGCGCCGCUUGUGGAGCCUGAACCUACGCCCAUGUCGCCCAUGCUGCAGCGCUAUGGGUCCAUCUCCCAGUUUUCACGCAAGGAGAAAAUCACGCCUGCAGAGGACCGGAACGCACCACACAACUCGCCGCGGUUCAGUGUGCCGCUUCCCUCGGCGCUGCUUGCCACGCAGUCGACCGAGCCGCACGAUGCGCCGCUGAAAAAUGCGCGCGAGCCGCGCUCGACGAUCGACUUUGCGGAUCUAUCCGUGCUGGACACAGAUACCCAAGACUACCACGACGGCGUGCUUGCGCGUACGCGCUCGCGCUCGCGCUCACAGCCGCACAGCACGCAUGUUGGAUUUUCACCCUCGCCCCGGAAGAGCGAAGCUGCGCAGGAAAGCGAGCUUUGGCUCCCUGCCAAGCGCGAUGUGCACAAUGUGCCGCACGCCGCGAUGGAUGUAGUGGCGCAUGUCUCAUACGCUGCGCCAGCGCCGCCUCCUAUACCGGUUCUUCUUAAUUUCGAGUGUACAGAGCGCUUGCAUGUCAGAUGGAACGGCACGGCAUUGGCGAGUGUUGCGCUUCGCGGCGAGCUCACACUGCGCCUUUUACAAGCGAGCGCGAGCGGUACAGCGCACGUUCGUAUGCAGCACGCAGCGUCACUCACGAUUGUCGCCACAUCAGACGUACUGCGCCCUGUUCCUAACUUGUCCGAGUACCAAAUUGACCUUGACGCGCUCUCCCAAACGCCCGUCACCGCACUUCAGUACGAAAUACAGCUCGACGGAGAUUUGCAGUGCUACGUCCCUGUGGUACUUGAGCCCAAGUGGCGCUGCGAUUUGCAGCAGUGCUCGCUGAUCCUUACGUAUUACGCGAAUCCAACAAGCGUAUAUGCACCGCUCGGCACGGCGCUUUCGCACGUCGAAUUCUCCGUCUCCAUCCCGCACGAGACGCCGGUGGUGGGCGGCGUGCUUACACAGCCAGUUGGAAAGUGGGAUCCCUUUGUACAAACCAUGACUUGGCAGCGCGCAGAGCCUCUUGGAUUGCAGCACGUCGAGCCCAACAAGAUUCUUGCGCGAUUUCCGCUAGCGCGGCAAGGUACGCCGCAGCCUGUAUUUAUGUCGUGGCACUUGCCGGGAACGACACUUGGUCAGCUCAGUCUUGCAUGCUUGCCGGGCGGAGCACAAGUCGCGCUGCAAACCGAGCGCGAAACGCGCACUGGCGCAUAUUUUGCAUAG